CAGUCGGUCGGUCGGUCAGUGCUCCAAAAUUUGAGUAGAUUAUCUGUCUUGAGACACAUAGGUUAAAAGUCGAAAAAAAAAUCCACAGUACACUGCGCAGUGCUAUCAUUCUACUGCAAAUAUAAUUGAACGGAUUCACUGAUUAUUUCGUUUGAUCUGCUAAAUACAUAACUGAAUAUCUUACGUGACAGAAACCUUUUAUUAACGCGUCACAUUUGCAAGCGACUGAGGAUUGUAUAUUUGGAGGCAACAACUAAUUGCAUUCAGGGACGACGCCGACGUUAUUUUAUUAAUAUGGGAGCACCGACGACACUUACCGUUAUUGGUAUCAUAUUUUUGUUGUUUGGCGUUUUCGUUGGAUGGUUCGCUUUCCCGAAGAUGUUACACAAAAAAAUAUUAGAGAGCAAAUCAUUAAACCCGAGAUCAACUAUGCGUCAGAUGUGGUCACAUCCUCCAAUAUCUGCCGAUUUUAAAAUUUAUUUAUUUAAUGUAACUAAUCCCGAAGAAGCCCAAAAAGGUGAAAAAAUCAUAAUUAAAGAAGUCGGACCUUAUGUUUAUCAUGAAUGGAAAGAAAAAGAAAACCUAAUCGACGAUAUAGAUGAAGAUACGGUUGAGUUUAGUUUCAAAAACACUUUUGUGUUUGAUGAAAUGUCGACACUGCCAUUAACCGGAGAUGAAAUUUUAGUUAUGCCUCAUUUGGCUAUGAUAGGAAUGGUAACAAUGACUAAGAUGAUGAAACCGGCUGCACUAGGUUUGGUAAAUAAAGCAAUUCCUUAUUUGUAUCCAGAUCAAACUAGUGCAUUUAUGACAGCGACUGCUAAUGAUAUCAUGUGGAAUGGAUUGGAUAUUAAUUGUACGUCUGGGGAAUUUGCAGCUGUUGCUAUUUGCUCACAGAUAAGACAAAAUUCGGCUAGUUUACACAAAAUCAGCAAAGAUCAUUUCAAAUUUUCAUUAUUUGGAGUGAAAAAUGGAACCAUUGAGAGCAACCGAUACACAGUGAAACGUGGCUACAAGAUGUCACCGUUAGACGUUGGACAGGUGGUCCGAUUCAACGACAAACACAAAAUGGAAGUAUGGCCCGGCGACGAGUGCAAUCGAAUAUACGGAACGGACACAACGAUAUUUCAACCGUUCAUUACGCGGGACACUAACCUGGCCAGCUUCAGUGGUGACAUUUGCCGAUCAUUAGCUCCAGACUUUUUACAAGAAACAAAAUAUAAUGGGUUAAAUGUGUUUGAGUAUUCAGCCGUAUUAGUAAAACCAGAGGAAAAAUGUUUUUGUUUGAACCAAAAAAAAUGUCUGAAACAUGGAGCAUUGGAUCUGACAAAUUGCUCAGGUGCUCCUAUAAUUGCAACUCUCCCUCAUUUUUAUAAAUCUGAAGAAUAUUUGAAUAAUAUUGAUGGAUUAAAUCCUGAAGUUGAGAAGCAUAGGAUUCAAAUGUACUUUGAACCUAUGACUGGUACUCCAUUAUUGGGUUAUAAACGUUUACAGUUUAAUAUUUUUUUGAAGAAAGAAUCGAAAAUAAGUGUUAUGAAAACGCUCAAUGAAGAUGAAAAACUAAUACCAUUGUUUUGGGUUGAAGAGGGAGUCGCUUUGAACAAGACGUGGACUAAUCAAAUAAAAAAUAAAUUAUAUUUACCAAUUACUAUCAUGAAAUACGUUAAAUACAUAUUUGUGGUUUUUGGUGUUGUUUUCAUUAUAUUGGCAGUGGUUGUCAACUACAAUAGUGUUAAGACCAUGGAAGUCACACCAAAAUACUAGAAUGCAACAAUCGCUAAAAAAAAUAAAUAAAUAAAAAAUACUUUAUAUUAAGUUAGACCUCACAGAAGUAAGCAUGUUUUUAUUGUUGUGCAAUAUAUCGUCGCUUCCAGGGAAGAAGGUCGUAAAUGACAUUUUCGUAAUUUUACAGGAGAGCCGAAAUAAAAAUAUACUACAUUAGUCUGUUCUAUUCUAUAGUUCUAUAGGAAUAUCACUUACAAGUAUAAUUUGUGUAUCAAUCUAUUAACUUAUCAUGUUUCUAGUGUAUUCUACUUGCGACUAUAAAAUGUACUAAUAAUUUCGGUAGAAAUUAGCUUAUUAAUGAUAAUAUGGGGCUACGCCCAUUAUUUCUUAAGAUAAUCUCACAACAUCAUAUCGACGGAUACAAGAAAAAAAAGCGUAAACGACAUAUUUAAUAGUCGUUUACGCUGAAUAUAACUACACACCUGAUAAUUAAUGGCAUUUACGCAAAAAUUUUAAAAAUCGAUAGUAAUUCGUAAAAAAAUUGUAUCGAUACAAUCGUUGGCUCUAUCUAUAGAGAAACCUAGCGUUUACGCCAAAAUUCUAUUAACUCAUUUUCGGUCAAAAUGUCGUUUACGACCUUCUUCCCUGGAAGCGUCGAUAUUAUGAAUACUGGUGUUCACUUUGUAAAUAUAUUUUUAGUCUCGUGAUUUUAGAGGAAUAAAUUAAAAAUGUUCUAAUAUAACUACCGUCUAUAUACUUGACUUUUAUUAUUUAUUUUAAAAUGUACUUCAUAAAUUAUGCAUACCAUAAUACAAAAGUAGCUACACAUGUAUAAAAACAGUAUAUUAAGUUAUGGGUAAAACCUAUUUGUA